AUGGAACCGUCCACCUUCGACGACCAGAUAUUCGGCGACUUCACGAGCGAAACGCUCGGAACGCUGGCCGGCGGCGCGAAACCGAUCCAUGCCGGCCCGUCGCCAACGUCCGUCGCCAACGCCGCCUCCGGCCACGGCAAUCUGCAGGUGAUGAUGGGCAUCGGCCACUCUCCGACGCACGACGGUGGUGGUGGUGGUGGUGGUCAGCAGCAGCAACACCAGCGCCUGCCGGAAGUGAACAGCAUCCUGGCGGUGGCGGGCUCGCCGAGCUACAAGACCGUCGACUACACGAACCUCAGCAAGGUGGAGUACCACCAUCUGGCGAACGGGAAGCUGGACGGGCCGUCCUCGGCCAGCUACUCCCCGCCGGCACACCAGCAGCACCAGCAGCAGCAGCAGCACCAGCAACACCACCACAUGGUGGCCGGCCCGAACGGCAAGUCGAUCGAGUACGUCAACUGCAAGCUGGAGUACUACACCGCCCUGCCGAUCGGCCACGACGCUGGGAGCAAGCUGGAGUUCGUGAAAACGCUCGACUACAACGGCAACGGGCGGCUCGACUAUUCCACCUCGUCCUCGUCCUCGCCGAACGGCUCGAAGGUGCUGGACUACGGCAGCGGGGGCCCGGGGGGCGGCAAGCUCGACUACGAAACGACGAUCGCAAUGUUCCAGCAUCCCGGGCCGCCACCCGGACCCACGGCCCAGCCGGGCGGACAACCCGGCGGACUGGUGGACGCGGGCGGGGCGAUGCAGAAGCAGCGGAAAGCGGACGUGGACAUGAACGGGGCGUCCGGAUCGUCGACCCCGACGGCCACCACCGCCAGCAACGCGUCCCCCCUCGAUGGCAGCGGAAACGGGAAGAAGAACGAUAAGAAGAAAACGGACCCGAACGGGAUCAAGAAAAAGAAGACCAGGACCACCUUCACCGCCUACCAGCUCGAGGAGUUGGAGCACGCGUUCGAGCGGGCCCCCUACCCGGAUGUCUUUGCCCGCGAGGAGCUCGCCCUCAAGCUGAACCUGAGCGAGUCGCGGGUGCAGGUGUGGUUCCAGAACCGGCGGGCGAAGUGGCGCAAACGGGAGCCGCCCCGGAAGUCGGCGUACCUUGGCAACAACAGCCCGUCGGCGCCGCUGAACGGUCCGAUCGGUACGACGUUCGGGCAGUUUCCGCAGACCGCGACGGUGACGCCGCCGGGCAGCGUCGACAGCUGGUCCACCUACCAGGCACCGUACGAGCUCGGGCCGCACAUUAACCUGCUGUCGCCGGCCGUCAGCCCGUACGGGUCGUACAGCACCCAAUACGGUACUUACAUGCCCGAAAGUCACAUGUUCCCGGUGCGGCAGCACUUCGACUACGGCAGUCCGUCGCGGGCGGGCGUCGGCGAGCCGGGUGCGGACGAGCCGGGACCCCACCAGCAGCACCAGCAUCAGCAUCCGCACCACGGCCACCACGCCCACCACCAUGCGUCCCAGCAGCACCAGCAGCACCAGCAGCAUCAACAGCAGCAGCAGCAGCACCACAAGCCGGACCACUAUGCGCCGCUCGACGACAAGUUCGACACGCACUGCACGGCCGGACUUCCCGAUGGUCUCACGAACGGCAAGUACGUCGACGACACGAAGUACAUUCACGCGGUCGACGUGCACUACAAUCCGGACGCCGAUCCAAAGUACGGCACUUGCCACCAGCUGGAAGAUCCGGCGAUGAAAGCUCACUACGGACCGCCACAGCAGACGCAGCAGCCUCCAUCGCAGCAGCAGCAGCAGCAAACUCAGCAGCAGCAGCAGCAAGGUCAGUGUCAACCCGUCGGCGUGGACGACCCGGACGGGCUCGGUUUGGUGAAGGCGGAGGAGAGUGUAACCCACAGCUACGUACUUCCCUCUUUUUUGCCCUGA